AUGUUUGUCCCAAUGCAGGAAUUCCUUAUUUCAUAUACCAAUGGUAUUAAGAAUGAAGUUGCUUUUGUAUUUGAUAUUGAUGGAGUAUUGCUAAGAGGUAAGAAGGCAAUUCCAAGCGCUAAACCAGCAUUAGAAUUAUUGAACACUAAUAAGAUUCCAUAUAUCUUGUUAACUAACGGAGGAGGAGUUAGUGAAAAAUCUAGAGUUGAGUUUAUUUCUAAAGAGUUGAAUAUUCCAAUAUCCCCAUCACAAAUUGUACAAAGUCAUACCCCAAUGAAAGCAUUGGCUCAAAACAACUUGUAUAAUCGAGUGAUGGUUGUUGGUGGGCCCGAAGAUAAGGCAAGAUAUGUUGCAUUAGAAUACGGGUUUAAAGAAGUUAUUACACCAGGAGAUAUAAUUCGCCAACAACCGUCAAUUUCUCCACAUCAUAGAUAUACAAAAGAACAAAUUGAAAAUUUUACAAAACCAGAUAUAGAUUUAACCAAACCAAUUGAAGCCGUUUUAAUAUUUAAUGAUCCAAGAGAUGCAGGCACCGAUGUACAAAUAGUUUGUGAUAUUCUUAAUUCGGUUGAAGGAUUAAUUGGUACUAAAAGGCCAUUUGAUGACGGCAAAGAUCGUCAGAAACCAUCUAUUCCAAUCAUAUUCAGUAAUAAUGAUUUUGUAUGGGCCAAUGAUUAUCCAUUACCUAGAUUUGGACAGGGAGCCUUUAGAAUCACAGUUGAAGCAUUAUAUUCAGAAAUGAAUCAAUUAAAGCACAAUGAAAAAUUAGAAUCCACUAUAAUGGGUAAGCCAUUCAAGAUUCAAUAUGAUUUUGCCCAUUCAGUUUUGAUUAAUUGGAGAAAUAAAUUGAUUGCAAAUGAUGUAAAUGAUGCUAAUGAUUUGACUUUGCCAAACUUGAAUGAAACUCCAACCAAUUCUCCUUUCAAGAAAAUUUAUAUGGUUGGUGAUAACCCAGCCUCUGACAUUCAAGGAGCUAAUCAGAAUGGUUGGGAAUCAAUCUUAUUAAGAACUGGAGUCUUUAAAGAUGAUGACUGGAACCAUAUAGUAGCUAGACCAACCGCAGGUGUUUUUGACAACGUUUAUGAUUCUGUUAAGGAAAUUUUACUGAAAAAUGGGUAUAACUAA